CCGACGCCGAGCCCCUCUCGGAGCCCGAAGGGGCGGGCGGCACUGCGCGGACCCCCCCGGCGGCGGCAGCGGGCAAGAGGGGGGGGCCCUGCUGCUCGUCGGAGGACAGCGAGAUCAACAUCACCAGCGAGGAGGAGGAAGAGGAGGAGGAAGGCAGCGAGCGGCCCGCUUGGGCAUCGGGCACCGCCUGCUAUAUCUGCGGCAGCCCCUUGUCACCCACCGGCCAGCACCGCGUCCACGUGCAGAAGCAGGAGAAGACAUCCCCAGCUCCCUUCUUCCCCUUCCUUUGGCUUCACAGCCCCCCGCCAGGUGCCCAGCCCCUGUCGCCUGCCGGCAGCACCCUCGUGUGUCCCUGCUGCUUCGCCUCCCUCAUGCAGCAGUGGCAAAGCUUCGAGCUGGCCAACGUGCCCGUGCUGCAGCGGCUCUACGUGGUGCCCCUCAACGCCGGGGCCAUGCCUGCCAAGGGCCGUCGAGUGCUGAAGGAGGAUGGGGCAGGCGUCCCGCUGGUACCCGAGGCUUGCUACCUGUGCGGGGAGGAGUGCAGCAAGGAGGCAAGGCUGGUGGCGGCCAAGGUCAUCAAUGGCAAUGCGAAGAGCACCAUGCAUUUCCCCUUCAUCAGCCUCCUGCCUUGCCCACCCAGUGCCAAGGGACUGAACAAGCACUGGGAGGUGAGCAGCUGCCGCAAGUGCUUCAUCGUCUUGCAGGACCUCUGGGCCAUGUACAGGGCCUGCCACAACGAGGAGCUCAUCACCUCGGUGCAGAGCUUCCUGGGGAGGUACCACCAGGUCUUCUCUGCCGGUGAUCCCAGUGGCUUGGCCGCCCACCCUGCCAUCAAGCCUGGUCCCACCUCUGUCUGCUACAUCUGUGGUGCGGAGCUGGGAGCCGGCAAAGAGUUCCAGCUCAAUGUCAACCCACCGGGACGAUUUGGGGAGAAAGAGCCCUUUUUCCCCUUCCUGACAGUCUACCCACCUGCCCCAAGGGCCAGACCAGCCGACUCAACCGGGCUGGUGUCCACUUGCAUCCUGUGCUACCAUGACCUGCUGGGGCAAUGGCUGCAGCACGAGGGCAGGAAUUCCCACCAUCCCAGCAGCGCCUGGUCCCGGCAGUACAAAGUGGAGACCUUCGUCUGCUUCUUCUGCCGGCAGGAGAAGAAGCGAUGCCUUGGAUUAAAAGCGGUUCAGGUGGCCAGGCUGCCGGUCUUCCUCUACACCCUCCGUGUGCCCAACAGCCUGCUGGUGGAUGACGGGAAGCAGCUGACCAUCGGUGCUUGUGCCGAAUGCGGUGCCGUGGUGCUGGCCGGCAAGAGCAUGACCCCAGCGGAGCCACUGGUGGUGGUACCCCCGGCUCUCAUCCCCAAGGCGUCCUCGUCAUCCCUUGAGACAGUCACCAUCAAGCCUGUGGCUGGUGAGCCCCGGCACCGGGUGAGCAGCACUGGGGAGAGCCCAGGCACCGGUGGUGGCACUGCCCUGGACGUCGGCCAGCGGACGGCUUUGGAUGCGGAGGGCAUCGACGUCGGAACCACAAGCAUGAGCCAUGAGCCGAAGUCGCCGUCCUUAGGAAUGCUGUCCACCGCCACCCGCACCACCGCCACCGUCAGCCCGCUCACCCCAUCGCCUCUCAACGGCUCCAUCGUCCCCAAUGGCAGCCCUGCAGCCAGCAGCACUUUGUCCGUCCAGGCAGCACCUUCCUCCAGCUUCGCCGCCGCGCUCCGCAAGCUCGCCAAGCAAGCCGAGGAGCCCAGAGGGUCUUCAAUAAGCAGCGAGUCAUCCCCGGUCUCCUCACCAGCCACCAACCACAGCUCCCCUGCCAGCACGCCCAAACGUGGCCCCAUGGGCCCCAUCAUCGUGCCCCCAGGGGGGCACAGCGUGCCCAGCACGCCACCCGUUGUCACCAUUGCACCCACAAAGACUGUCAAUGGGGUCUGGAGGAGCGAGGGCAGACAGCAAGAAGCAGGGUCUCGGGGCAGCAGCAGCAGCAGCGGCCGCGAGCGCCUCAUCUCGGAGCCCCCCCUCUCUCAGGAGAAAGCGGGGGGCCCCACAGUCCCCUCCCAUCUCCUGGGGACACCCUACUCCUUCGGGCUGCCCCCCAGCUCCGUGGUCCAGGACUCCCGCUUCCCACCUCUCAACCUACAGCGGCCGGUCCACCAUGUGGUGCCUCCGAGCGCGGUCACCGAGGAUUACCUGCGCAGCUUCCGUCCCUACCACACCGCCGAGGACCUCCGCAUGUCCUCCCUGCCGCCCCUCGGCCUGGACCCGGCUGCUGCUGCUGCUUACUACCACCCCAGUUACCUGACACAUCACCCCUUCCCUCACCCUGCCUUCAGGAUGGAUGAGUCCUACUGCCUAUCAGCGCUGAGGUCCCCCUUCUACCCACUGCCAGCGCCGGGCUCGCUGCCCCCCCUGCACCCCUCAGCCAUGCACCUGCACCUCUCGGGGGUACGGUACCCCCCCGAGCUCUCGCACUCUUCCCUCUCUGCCCUGCAGUCCGAGCGCAUCUCCAGCCUGGCCGCAGAGAGGCUGCAGAUGGAUGAGGAGCUGCGGCAGAGGGAGCGGGAGCGCGAACGGGAGCGGGAGAAGGAGCGGGAGCGAGAAGCAGACCGGGAACGGGAGAAGGAACGGGAACGGGAACGGGAACGUGAGAAGGAGCUGGAGAGGGAGCGGGAGAAGGAGCGAGAACGGGAGCUGGAGAGGCAGCGGGAGCGUGCCCGGGAGAAGGAGCUGAGCAUGGUGAAAGCCAUGGAAGGGCCGUUCCUCCCCGUGGCUGAGCUGCAUGGGCUGCGGGGACACCCGGCCGAGGAGCGGGGCAAGCCAGCAGAGCCACUGGUACCCAUCAGGCCAGAGAAACUGAAGGACUCGGUGCUGCCGACACCAAAGCCUAUCCAGCACCCGCUGCACCCACCACCAGCCUCACACCACCCCGUGCCCAGCCUCAUCCCCAACCACAACGUGUUCCCACUACCAGGAAGCAGCGCGGCCACGGCGCUGCUCAUCCACCGCACCAACGAGGAGGAGAAGUGGCUGGCGCGGCAGCGCCGGCUGCGCCAGGAGAAGGAAGAUCGGCAAUCCCAAGUCUCAGAGUUCCGGCAACAAGUGCUGGAGCAGCACCUCGACAUGGGGCGUGCACCGAGCCAGCCUGAGCCCGAGCAUCGUCCCGAGCAUCCCAGGUCAGGAUCCAGCCGCCAUGAGCCAAGCAGCCGGGAGCCAGGGCAGCACUUCGGUGGGCCCCCACCACUCAUCUCUCCCAAGCCCCAGCACCAUCCGGUCACCACAUCCCUCUGGAAUCCCGUCUCACUGAUGGAGAGCCCCCCUGAUCCCCCCCGGCGCCUCCCGGAGCCUCACACCCUCCAUGGCCACCCGGCCCCAUUCGAGCCCAGUCGUCAGGGCAUCCCACUGGUGAAGGUGGAGAGGGUUUUCUGCCCGGAUAAACUGGAGGAGGCAACGAGGAAGAGGGAUGCUCUGGAGAAGUACCCUCCAGGACGGGAGCCUGUCACUGCAGAGCAUGGGAGCUUCACCCAUGCCCCUUUCCUAGCUGAGCUGGAGAAGUCCACACAGAGCAUCCUGAGCCAGCAAAGACCCCCGGCCACCCCCUUCACCGAUGCCACCAAGCCCAGCUCACCCUACAGACCCCCCCAGCCCCGUGCCCAGGACCCCAUGUACAUCUAUGACGAGUUCGUGCAGCAGCACCGCAGGCUGGUCAGCAAACUGGACCUGGAGGAGCGCCGGCGGAGGGAGGCCAGGGAGAAAGGUUACUACUAUGAUCUGGAUGACUCCUGUGAUGACAGUGAUGAGGAGGAGGUGCGGGCCCAUCUCCGCUGUGUGGCCGAGCAGCCCCCAUUGAAGCUGGACACGUCCUCCGAGAAGCUGGAGUUCCUGCAGCUCUUCGGGCUGACCACACAGCAGCAGAAGGAGGAAUUGCUGAGCCAGAAGCGGCGCAAACGGCGUCGGAUGCUGCGGGAGAGGAGCCCCUCGCCUCCGACGGUGCAGAACAAGCGCCGCACACCCUCACCGCGCCUGCCGCUGUCCACCCGGUACAGCCCCGACGAGAUGAACAACAGCCCCAACUUCGAGGAGAAGAAGCGUUUCCUCACCAUCUUCAACCUCACGCACAUCAGUGCCGAGAAGAGGAAAGACAAAGAGAAGCUGGUGGAGAUGCUCCAGGCCAUGAAGCAGAAGACGACACCGGCUGCGGUGGUGGUGAAGAGCUCCCCAAGGGACAGCCCCAGCGGCCCUGCCACCGCAUCCCUAUGGGCACAGCUUUGCCUUGUUGAGGGACACAGAGCUCUGACUGCUCCUUCUGUACCCAUAGAGCUGCCGGUGCCGCCGCUGCUGCUGGAUCCGGAUAAACCCGUGGGCAUCGCCGUGUCCGUGCCGGAGGGGCAGAAGGCAGCAGAGCUGGGCAGGUUAGACCAGCUGAGACCACAGGAGCUACCAAGGGCUAAGGAGACGGGUGCCGUGCCGGCAGAGAAGCCGCGGCUGAGUGAUGGGCACCCUGGGAAGAAGGGACUGAGCAUCCUCAGCUAUGUCAGGGGUCCACUACCCAAGGACAUCCCGGUGCCGCUGUCCCACAGCAUGAAUGGCAAGAGCAAGCCCUGGGAGCCAUUCAUUGCUGAGGAGUUUGCCCAUCAGUUCCAUGAAUCCGUGCUGCAGUCCACCCAGAAGGCGUUGCAGAAGCACAAAGGGGGAACAGCGGAGCAGAACCACAAGCUCGAUGCCUCCAUCCACUACAACAUCCCUGAGCUGCAGGCCUCCAGCCGCCUGGCUGCUCCCUCACACAAUGGCACAGCAGAGGGGCUGCUGCCCCACCGGGCAUUGCCCCCGCUGCCCCAUGACUCAGCAUCCGAGGAAGAGGAGGAGGAGGAGGAGGAGGAGCAGGAAGAAGAGGAGGAAGAGUACCCCAGGCCCAAGUGGCAAGGGAUCGAGGCAAUUUUUGAAGCUUACCAGGAACAUAUAGAAGAACAAAACCUGGAGCGCCAAGUGCUGCAGACCCAGUGCCGGCGGCUGGAGGCCCAGCACUACAGCCUGAGCCUGACGGCAGAGCAGCUUUCGCACAGCAUGGCGGAAUUAAGGACCCAGAAGCAGAAGAUGGUCUCGGAGCGCGAGCGCCUGCAAGCUGAGCUGGAUCACCUGCGGAAGUGCCUUGCCUUGCCUGCAAUGCAGUGGUCUAGGGGUUAUUUCAAGGGGUAUCCCAGGUGACGCUCCUUUGGGGAUAAACCGAACAUAUAGUCUAGAAAUAAUAAUCUAUUUUAUUACCUUGAAUAUUUAAUAUUUUUCACUGGGAGGUUUGAAGCUAAAAAAAAAAAAGCAAAAAAAAUUAAAAAAAAAAAACUAAAAAAGAAAAAAAAAGAACAAUAAUAAAAAAAAAAGAACUAAAAUGGAGAAUGUGCCAUGCAUGAAGCAAAGGAGCACGGGGAGCCCACCCGAUGCAGAGCAGAUCCCAUCCCAUCCCUUGCCCUCUGCAAGAACCGGGCUCUCCUCUUGGGGGCCAGGGCACUGCAAGCCCCCCCCCCUUUAUUUUUCCACCCACCCCACACUUUAUAGCGCUCAUUUUUUGUUGUUUUCCUUUUCCAAAUGACAAUUCCAAGACUCCACCGACAACACUAAAGCCGGAGGAGCCCCAUGGGGCUGGGUGCGGGAUGGCCCCCCCCAUUCCCCAGAGCCCCCCCCUUUCCUGGGGCUUCCCAUUGGAAAUGCACUUGGCUAUCAAACAAUAAAGUCAAUAAACUGGUUGAAGGUACCUUUUUGUUCCUGUCUGGCGGGGAAUGGGGCACCAAGGUGGGGUUAAACCUUGUCCGAGCCAUCACCCCCCCCCCCCCGAGUUUAGAAGCCGAGGAAAAAGGUGCUUCAGCCUCAUACUGUGUAUAUAUAUUAAAGAAAAGUUUUGUAUGUUUUUAUUACUUUAAUUAUUGUUAUAAAAAGCUUGCCUUUUUGGUUUUUUUUUAAUGUUUUUGCCUUUUUUUUUUCUUUUUGCUUUUUUCCUUGCCCCUUUUUAUUAUCUUUCUAUUUUGCAAAAGGAUUGAACCGCUUUUAGUGUUUGUACUGCUGCUGGUCAGGACAGAAAAGAUGCUGAAGUGUUUUAAAAGCAUUUAAAAAGCAGGCAAAACAAAUCACCUUUUCCAGUGGGGGCAGGUUCUGCCCCUCUGGAAUCAGAGCUGAGCCCUUCCAAUGCCUUCUCCCACCUGAUUUUGGGGAUAUUUUUACCUUUUUUUGUUUAGCUUCUUUGUCUUUUUACCCAUUUUCUUUGUUUCCUGGGUCUGUUUCUGGUCAUAGCUCCAUUGUGGGUAUCACAGCUCCGGGUGCAGGCUCCAUUUAUCAAACCAAUAACACAAAUCAAUUGCGCCAAGAGGAUUGUUGGGGAUAGGUGAUACUGGGGUGUCUUUAUCCCCCCCAGAACACCAAGACAAUCAGUAGGCAGUUUGGCCAUGGGGAGAUGGGGUUUGCCCAUAGGGGCUUAUGGCUUGCCAUGGUGUUGGUGGCACCACCAACCUCCUCAGGCUGGGGCAGCAGGCUCAGCCUUUGUCACCAUUUGCAGCCACUUGCUCAUCGUCGCAUGCCCCAGCUCCCCAAGGAGGCUUUUUGUAAGAUAUAAUAAUAGUUAUUUAUUAUUUUUUUCUCUUAAUUCACCACGAGACAAGCUCACGUCGACGGGAAAAAGGUGACCUCUGCUUUCUGCUUUAAAUUCCCUUGUUGCACUCGCAAAGAAAGCAUUAAAACACCCCCCGCUUUUAUUCCCCCUCUCCCUGCUCCCUGGUCUGCCAUUGGCUUCACCAAAUAAAAGAAAGCUGUGCGAGAUUAAAAAGCAAAAAAAAAGGAAAAAAAUACAUAAAAAGCCCUUGUGACAGAAAUUAGUUUAAUCUUUCUUAAACCCCCGGUUGCGUCGCCAGCCUCUGGCCUCGCUGCUGCCAACUCCGGGCUUCACAAUGAAUUUUAACACAGCAAAAUAACGCUGCUGCUCGACUCGCUUCUUCCCUUUCCCCUGCGCUGCGAUGGGGAGGAAGCCAGGGAUGGGAAACCAUCGGCGAUGUAUCCCUCUCCUCCACCGAGGAGCCUGGCUGGGCUGUAGCAUCACUGCAUCGCAGCUCCUGUAUUCGUAGCAGAUCCCAUACUGAGGCUUUUUCCCCCCCACACACACCAUUUACCAGCCCAAAAAUCACGUUUUUUGGAGCAAUUCCUCAGUAUUACUCCCCCAGGGCCAUGGUGAGCGGUCGUGUUUGUACCUACCCUAUGCAGAAUUGAUCUCAAGCAGAUGUGCCAGAGCCCAGGAGGGCUGCGAGGAGGGAAAGGCAAGGCAGAGCCCGCUGGGGGCAGUUCAGAUGCUGUGAAAGAAAACAAAAACCCAAAAAAGGAGGAAAAAAAAGAAAGAAACAACCCCUAAACAUGUUUCUAAGUGUACUUGUUUGACUUAAUUGUAAUGUAAUAUAUUAUUUGUUGAAUGUAGUAAUUAGGUAUUUAUGAAUAUAUUGCUGUAAUUUCUGAAAACAUCCAAAAGAAACAAAGAAAAUAAACUCUUCCACAACAACGGCAAAA